AUGGAGCGCGUAUCAAAGAAGGCCGUCGCGACCUCAAAACCGUUUAGAUUUCUGAUCGGCCCUCAUCAAACAGAAUACACUAUUCACUCAGCUCUUGUCGCACACCAGUCACCAGCUCUCGCUGCCAUGGUGAAUGGAAAAUCCCAAGAGUCGAGAGAAUGUUCUGUAAAAUGGGACGACGUAGACGAGAUAGUCUUCAACAGUUUCUGGCAGUUUGUCUAUACAGGAGACUACGACACUCCAGAACCACUUCGGCCCACUCAGCGGACUUCCGGCCGAGGGGACCAUAAAUCAGGUACUGCUGAUGAACCCCCAGAACCAGAACCAGAACCAGAACCAGAACCAGCAGCAAGACCAGCAGUAGGAGAAGCAGAAUUAUUAGCAGCAAUACCAGUAUUUGCAGAAUCAGUUUUCUCAGAUUUACCACAAGUAUCAGCAGCAGAAUCAGAAGCACAAGCACAAGCACAAGCACAGGCUGAAGAAGAGUCAACGUAUGGGACCGAAUCAACCGAAAUGAGUCCGACUUUCUAUACGUAUUUUUGGAGGUCGCCGGCGGGUUCGCGACCUUCAUCAGCACUAGAGCAGGAGAAUCAGGGAAGUGUUCAAAAGUCGUUCCUGUGGGGCAGUUUUCUCCGUUCUUGGGAAUCCCCGCAUGAGGUCAUUGAUAUCGACAAAUCACUAAAAGACCAGACAAACCGCUUCGUGCACCACGCUAAAGUCUUUACGCUGGCUGACCGCUAUGGAGUCAAAAGACUCGCAGAAAUCUCUCGCGGAAAGCUUUAUCAUGACUUAAUAGACUUGGAAAGAAAGGGCAUGGAUUCUAAAAAUGUGGUAGAGCUUGUGCGAUAUGCUUUCGAAGAGCUAGUGCCGGAUCAACUAAGAGAUUUGGUUGUAGACUUCAGUGCUUGUGUGGUUGAGAGAAUUUGGGGUGAUAAGAAAUUUCAGAAGCUCCUGGAAAAGCAUGGCAUCUUAUCAAAAGCGCUGAUAAAACAGCUAUUACUUAGACUAGCAGAGCCUCCUUCACGGCUCUACUCAGCGCUGACUUCAAUUCAAGUAAGUCAAGUUUGGGGGUCCAACUUGAUUACUUGA